AUGUUUGGUCGACAACAGAUCGAACAUGAUAAACGCUAUGCGAUGGCAGGCGAGUUAUUUGAUGUCGUUAAUAGUCUCUGGGGUGAGACGGAAAACCUGACCUAUGAAGCAAAGGUAGCUGAGAAUGGCUGGCGGAUAGAAAAUGCUUGGAUUACAACGAAGCCUCUAUACGGCCGGCCCAUUCUAGUAAACGCUACAGGUUCAGCCGCUGGAGUUGACUUUGCGGCCAAGUACUCCGAUCUCAUAUUCAUCACAUCACCGGGCGGAGCUCAUAUCGACAGCGCUCUCGAGACAUUGCCCGCACAUAUUGCCACCAUUAAGGAGGCAGCCAAAGCAGUUGGACGGAAAGUCAAAACACUUAUCAACCCUAUCAUCGUCUCCCGCGACACGCCGGGGGAGGCAGAGGCUUAUGCGGACAGCAUCGCCGAAGGCAGUGGCGGGUCACUUGGCAGCUCCAAGUUCAACAACAACGCAAACGCGUAUAAGAGCGAUGCCCAUGGUUGGCGAGGGCGAAAAGACCCCAACCACAAACAGGGCCGGAACCUCGGUGGUAAUAUAGAAAUCAUCGGCUCUCCCGAGCAGGUAGUAGCGCAGAUCAAGGCCCUACACAAGACAGGAGUAGAUGGCAUUCAGAUGAACUUUUAUGACUUUGCGCCAGACCUCGACUACUUUGGUCGCAAGAUCUUACCACUACUUGAAACAGCUGGUCUCCGUAUCUAG